GGAAAUUACUUCGUAUACCACCCUCCAGGGAGUACCCCCCUUGAUCACGAGAAUGGUAUUGCAUGGUCGAGAGAAUGCGUGUGUGUCAUCUGUCGCAUUGUGAUUCAUCCAAAGCUUUUGUUUACAAAUCCAUGCGUGCAGGAGUAUGUAACGAAAACGUGUUAACCCUGUGGAUCGAUUUUCUGAAUGAAAAAAGGAUAUGACAUAGUGAGAUCCAUAUGCAGUCAGUUUUUUAAAAAGUAAUUACAUUAUUUAAUAUACAGGAAAGUUCACGCCUACUUGUAGAAUCACACACACUGGAUUUUGUAGGCGAUGUUAAUUUUGAUGUCGGUUGCUUGAAGAUAAAAAUUUGAAAUGGUGAUAUUCAAGUGCGUCUUCAUUACGAUUGAGUAAACCCCCUUCAUUUCUCAAGCGGUAAAAUUAGACUACGCGUAAAUUACAUUUAAAGUUUCUUUUCUCCACAUUUAAAGAGCUAUAAUGUUAUUUAUAUAUACAGUACAUCUUUAGAUAUAUUGAAAAAAAAUAUUUGUGUGUCUGCGCUACAUGCCACGGUUAGGUUCUCGUAUUAAACACCACUUAGAGCUACUCUUUCUGGCAUUUUAUAAAUAAGUCAUGUGCACAGUUCGUAAGUGUUUCCUUGAGAACAUCCGAUUAGUAAAACGGUUGUAAUGCAGUAGGUAUAGGAUGUUGACAUAUAUAUAUAUAUAUAUAUAUAGCGAAUCACUUCCCGUGUAGUUCUCUCUUUCGUUCGUACCUUUAAUAAUAUAUCUAUUGAUGUAGUAUUUGGGAUGACUGCACAUUUAUAGAAUAUUGAUAUUUUGUACAUCUUUACAUACAGUGUAUGUCUAUAGCUGGCUCGUUCUUCCGUGAUAUAUACACAAUCUCCUAUAUAUAUUGGAAAUUUUGUCGUGGCAUGUCUUAGUGUGAAUUAACUUUCGUGGAAGACGCACGCGGAUAUAAUACUUGUAGAAAUUGUGAAACGGAAACCGUCUGGAUACAUGUAAAAAGAAAGAAAAGGAAACCAGGUCUUCUCUGACGGACAAGUCGGGAGUUUCGCAGACUUGAAAUGUGAUGCGGUUUGUUAUCUGUUGUCAUGGAACCUUCGUACCCCAGGGAUCGACACGAAUCUGUUGGAAAACGUUAUCAUAAUCUAACCAACGACAACAAUAGCAUGGCAGAUUACUUGAUAACCGGAGGGACGGGGUACGUCCCAGACGACGGACUCACGGGGGCCCAGCUGUUCGCUAACGGGGAUGGACUCACUUACAAUGAUUUCCUGAUACUGCCAGGGUUCAUUGACUUCACAGCAGAUGAAGUGGACCUGACCUCUGCCCUGACCAGGAAGAUCACCCUGAAAUCUCCAUUAGUCUCCUCCCCUAUGGACACCGUAACAGAGUCUCAGAUGGCCAUAGGAAUGGCGCUUUGUGGAGGAGUGGGAGUCAUACAUCACAACUGUACUCCUGAGUUCCAGGCCAACGAGGUCAGAAAGGUCAAGAAAUAUGAACAAGGGUUCAUUCUGGACCCCGUAGUGAUGUCGCCCACGCACACAGUCAAAGAUGUGAUCACGGCCAAAAAGAAGUUUGGUUUUUCUGGAAUUCCCAUUACAAAUAGUGGCCACAUGGGAGAGAAGCUGGUGGGGCUGGUCACACAGAGAGACAUCGACUUCUUGACCGACGAUGAAAUGGACACUCCCAUUUCAGAGGUGAUGACGAAAUACGAGAACUUGGUUGUGGCACACAGUGGGGUUACCCUGAAGGAAGCCAACUCCAUCUUACAGAAAAGCAAGAAAGGAAAACUUCCCAUUGUUAAUGACGAGGGCGAGCUAGUGGCGUUAAUAGCUAGAACAGAUACGAAGAAAAACCGAGAAUUCCCGCUGGCAUCCAAAGAUGACAAGAAGCAGUUAUUGGUUGGUGCAGCUGUUAGCACACAUGAGGAGGACAAAAAGCGACUGGAACUUGUGGUGCAGGCGGGGGUAGACUUUGUAGUCCUGGAUUCCUCACAAGGGAACUCCAUUUAUCAAAUCAACAUGAUCAAAUAUCUGAAGAAGUCGUAUCCUGGAGUUCAGGUCGUUGGCGGCAAUGUUGUCACAGCAGCACAGGCCAAGAAUCUCAUUGAUGCUGGAGCUGAUGCUCUCCGAGUGGGUAUGGGGAGUGGAUCUAUCUGUAUUACACAAGAAGUAAUGGCGGUUGGAAGACCACAAGGAACGGCAGUAUACAAGGUGGCAGAGUAUGCCAGACGGUUUGGUGUCCCGGUCAUUGCAGAUGGUGGAAUAUCAUCAGUAGGACAUGUGAUUAAAGCCUUGUCUCUCGGAGCUUCUACUGUGAUGAUGGGGUCGCUACUGGCGGGAACUUCUGAGGCCCCUGGAGAGUAUUUCUUUGCUGAUGGGGUUAGGCUAAAGAAAUACCGGGGCAUGGGGUCACUAGAUGCCAUGGAGAAACACCGCAGCAGUCAAAGCCGAUAUUUCAGUGAAAGUGAUAAGAUCAAGGUUGCUCAGGGCGUCUCAGGGUCUAUUGUGGACAAGGGUUCCAUCAACAAGUUUGUGCCAUAUCUGAUUGCUGGGAUCCAACAUGGCUGCCAAGACAUCGGGGCACGCUGUCUCUCCAAUCUAAGAUCGAUGAUGUACUCCGGGGAACUGAAAUUCGAACGCAGAACAACGUCAGCUCAGGUGGAAGGAGGGGUUCAUAAUCUUCACAACUAUGAAAAACGGUUGUACUGAAGAGUCCUUGGGCAAAAAGCUAUCCCAUCCAAUGUGUUCCUUUUACAUGUAAAAGAUCUGAUUGGACAGCCAACUGAUACUGACAGAGGUUAAAAGUUCAAAAGUUCAGAAUUUCAGAAGUUGGUUGCCAAGUGUAAGGUGCAAUGUUUUCAUUUGUUCAGGUAUUUAUGUUGUGAUCCAUUCCUCAGACAGUGCAUUAAAUUUUUACUUUAUAGAGGGCGCUGUUUAUUGUUAUCAUGGUGUACAUAAAUUUUGAAAGAGAUGUAUAAUGUAUUGAGAUUAGUGCAUGAAAGUGAUCAUGCCUAGGGAAUUGUGCAAAAUAUCGACAAUAUUGAUGUCUCAGAACUCAUAUGUAAAACAUUUUUCAUCUUCCACUGAGAGGAAAGAUUAAAUAUCAACAGACGCCCGAUAAGUGAACGAAGUAUGUGAAAAUAACAUUUUGUAUGUAGAUAAUUGUUCAAGGACGUUUUCAAAAUGUAUGCCUUCCAAUUUACAAAUUUUAUUGAGAUGGUUUCAUUUCAUGUCAGUCUUGUAGAUUCUGAAGAGGAUGAUUCAAUAUAUACAUGUGUAUACUCUGAGUACUGUUUUUAAUAUUUUUGUAGUCUCUCUGAGAAUUGUUUAUCAAAUUGUUAUUGGUCAAAACGGAAGAGCUAAUUAUGAUAUAUUAGAUACUGUAUCAGGAAUAAUUUUUGUUAUUGAGCAAGAAACUGAUGAGCGAUUGAAUGCUUUAUACGCCCGUCUUUAGAUGAGAUGCAUUAUGAUUGAAUGCUUUAUACGCCCGUCUUUAGACGAGAUGCAUUAUGGUACAGCGAUGUCUAUACAGUCUGUCUGUUCAGGGUUUUCGGGUUCCAUUUUCAUUUCUUUAUCACAUAUCAAACUGAAACUUGCUAUGUAGCUUCUUUGUGGGUCACUCUAGAUCAUGUUGCAAUUUCCAUCCAUUUCAACCUCUUGCAGGAGUUUUGCCCCUUUAUUUAAAAUUUAGUGUUACAUGGAGGGUACAUGCUUUGUCCGUCCAACUCCUCUUACAAUUUUCAAGUGAGGACCAUCUUAUUUUACAGAGUGUUUGUAUGGGUAUUGAAGAUGUGCACAUGCUAAGAAGUUUGAUUUUCUUCAAUUUUUGAGAAAAUAACAGGUUGUUAAACUUUGUAAGUUUUGAGGAAAUAUUACGUCUCGCUCCUUUCACAGUUUUCAUCCUGAGAUCUUUGUAAACUUGGAUAUAAGUGUAUUGCAAGGACUUUGAUUCUUAACAAUGUGUUUUAAUUUUCUUUGAUGAUCGAAAAAAUUACAGGUUGUUGAACUUCGUUAAUUUUGGGGGGAAAUAUUUUACACACAGGGCUCUUGGAUUGUCUGUUUACCCCCUGUCACAUGUUAUUCAUACAAACUAAAAGAAAGCAUGUGACAGCCUCAUGAUGGCUGAUACUACCUUAAUGAAAGGUUGACAUCUCAUGGCUUAAAACAGCCUACAUAAGCUUGUGAUGGGUGUAUUGUGUACUGUUUCAAGUUACUCUUGUUAAAAAGGAGAAGAAACUGCCUUGCUUAUAGUGUUUUAUUCAUCAGUAAAGACGUGAAUGAGACACUUUAUUUUGGAUGCAGCAAUGUAAUGCCCACAUUUAAGCUUUAGACUUGUGAGCUAGUUAAAACAGUACUGGGAGGUAAAUUUGGAUUAGACGGUAGUGCUUUAGACCAAAUUUCACGUCAUUAGGAAAAGCUAUCUGGCAACAAAGUUGCAAACUCCUUUUUUAUUCAUUUUGUACCUUGCCAUAGAACUUAGUUAUGUGUAUCGUUCUGCGGGUAGUGUGUUGUUUAGUAAUCAUUAGAACUAAUGUGUAUUUAUGUUUCUAACUUGCUUUUUGAGAAAUACUCAGUUAUUGUUUGUUUUUGUCAUGUGGUAUCUAAUAAGACUGUAAUACAUUUGUUUCAGAGAAAAUUAGUUAGAAUAAUAAACAUAUAUACAUGUACAUGUGCUUAUUGUAGCAGGUAACUCAAUUAGAUUUUUGUAAAUUAUGUCCAUGCUUGUAAACUGUUCUUAAAACACUCUUAGAAUAUGAUUACUCUUUAGACUUUUUUGUGUAACUAUUUGACCUUUAGAAUGCUGCAGCAGUGUUAGUUAUGAAGUAAGAUCAAUUCAGUUUUAUAUGAGUAUAGUGAUGAUGUAGAUAUAGUGAGGAGAAAAAAAAAGACACUGAAUAGUAAAGUUGUUGAUGGUUAUAUUGAAAUCUGUUGCAGUGGGAUGCUUGUAAUAUUCUGUUGGUUAUGAAAUCUGUUGCAGUGGGAUGCUUGUAAUACACUGUUGGUUAUGAAAUCUGUUGCAGUGGGAUGCUUGUAAUACACCGUUAGUGAAGAGGGAUGGACGGAUGUUUGUUGAGCUGUGUAUGCAUUUCGAAACUUUCCAAAAUUGUGAAUUCUUGUGCAAAAAUUAAAAGUGAAUUGUUCAAUGUU